AAGAUAGACACUGCUACAGAAAAAAAGGCGACAAAUGGAAGACUCCGUCAUCUAUUUUCUUUCUUACGAAAUAUGAAAAAAUAAAAAUAUAUAGACUCUAUCUCUCUCUCUCUCUCCCUUUCUAUAUUUUCUCAAGAAAAAAGCGGUAUUUAAGCUUUGUGUCUGAUCCCACAGAAAGCUAGGGUUUCUCGCAUUUUCAGUUCUAAUGAAAUUCCACCAAUCAGGUUUUUAUCUGGAAUUUAUGUAGAGCAAAGGGAUAAGAGGAGUUUUUGACUUGGGGAGACCCAUUUUUGUAAUCAUUCUUGGUGGAUUAGGCUAUAGGUUUGUAAUUUUGGAAAUCAAGAUUGUGAUUUCUAGAAAUUAUGAGAACUUCAUGGGCAGAUUCUGUUGCUAACUCUGCAUCUGAGAGUGCAGCCCCUGCUUCCUCUGGUAACAAUGGCUUACUGCGUCCUACCCGUUCCACUUAUGUUCCUCCUCACCUUCGUAACCAGACACCUUCAACUGAUCUUCCUGCUCCACCACCUGCUGUUCAAUCACAGGCCAAUGAUCGUGUAGGUUAUGGUGGACCUGCAGGUGGUUCCCGCUGGCCUGGUGGUUCUAGACCAGAUUAUGGACGUCCAGGAUAUGGUUCUGGUGGUCGAACUACUGCUGCUGCUGCUGGUGGUUGGAACAAUAGAAGUGGUGGAUGGGAGCGUGGGAGAGAGCGCGAGGUGAAUCCAUUUGGCAAUGAUGAUGUUGAAGUGGAUGGCGCGUUUACUGAACAAGAAAAUACAGGCAUUAACUUUGAUGCAUAUGAGGAUAUUCCUGUGGAGACAAGUGGGGACAAUGUGCCGCCGCCUGUGAAUACCUUUGCAGAGAUAGACUUGGGCGAGGCAUUGAAUCAGAAUAUUCGGAGGUGCAAGUAUGUGAAGCCAACUCCAGUUCAGCGUAAUGCAAUCCCAAUAAUACUUGCAGGGCGUGACUUGAUGGCUUGUGCUCAGACAGGGUCAGGGAAGACAGCUGCCUUCUGCUUUCCAAUUAUUAGUGGAAUUAUGCGGGAGCAGUAUGUACAGAGACCACGUGGGCCAAGGACUGUAUACCCACUUGCUCUUAUUCUCUCCCCUACAAGGGAGCUCUCAUGCCAGAUACAUGAUGAAGCCAGAAAAUUUUCCUAUCAAACUGGUGUCAAGGUGGUGGUUGCUUAUGGAGGAGCACCAAUCAACCAACAGUUGCGAGAACUUGAAAGAGGGGUUGAUGUUCUUGUGGCAACUCCUGGACGGCUGGUGGAUUUGCUUGAGAGGGCUAGAGUGUCAUUGCAGAUGAUUAGAUAUUUGGCACUUGAUGAGGCAGAUAGGAUGCUGGAUAUGGGUUUUGAGCCUCAGAUUAGAAAGAUAGUAGAACAAAUGGACAUGCCUCCACCUGGAAGGAGACAGACAAUGCUGUUUAGUGCCACUUUUCCAAAAGAAAUACAGAGACUCGCUUCUGAUUUUCUUUCAAAUUACAUUUUCUUGGCUGUUGGAAGGGUUGGUUCUAGUACUGAUUUAAUUAUUCAAAGAGUUGAAUAUGUUCAUGAGACUGACAAGAGAAGCCAUCUCAUGGACCUUCUUCAUGCACAAAGAGAAACGGAAAUUCAUGGCAAGCAAUCUUUGACAUUAGUUUUUGUGGAGACAAAGAAGGGAGCCGAUGCUCUGGAAUAUUGGUUGUGUGGUAAUGGGUUUCCUGCGACAACAAUUCAUGGUGAUAGGACGCAACAGGAAAGGGAAAUGGCACUAAGAUCAUUCAAAAGUGGCAAGACACCAAUUUUAGUAGCAACAGAUGUGGCAGCUCGUGGUCUUGACAUUCCUCAUGUGGCUCAUGUAGUAAAUUUUGAUCUUCCCAAUGACAUUGACGAUUAUGUUCACAGGAUAGGGCGAACAGGACGAGCAGGAAAAACAGGUCUAGCCACAGCCUUCUUUAAUGAGAACAAUACUUCGAUUGCGAGAUCUCUAGCUGAUUUAAUGCAAGAAGCAAAUCAGGAAGUACCUGCUUGGCUCACUCGUUAUGCUUCACGGGUUUCCUAUAGUGGUGGUAAGAAUCGGCGGACUGGGGGUGGCCGAUUUGGUGGCCGUGACUUUAGAAGGGAGGGCUCUUUUAAUAGAGGCAUGGACUAUUAUGGUGGAGGGAAUAGCAGUGGUGGAUAUGGGGUUCCUGGCGGUUACGGAGGGGGAUAUGGUCCGGGUGUGGCAAGCGCCUGGGAUUAGUUUCCCACAUUAAAGUCGAUUCAAAUUCUCUUGUUUUCUCACGAGUAUAUAAUUUUUUUUUCACCUUUAGAAUCAAGGAACAAAAUUUUAAUACUCCAUUGUUCUUGAUUUGUUUUUCAUUCGGUUCUAAAUGUUGAAAGUUGUAUGGUGUUCCAUACUUUUGUCGCGUUACCCAAAUAUUGAAACUAACCAAAGUAUGCUUUAGAUGUUAA